UCUGCCUGCAGCCUGCCUGCACGCCCGCCUGCAGCCUGCCCGCAACCAGCCCCAGGCUUGCUUCCCAGCCAUGCUGCUGCUCCCACUCCUCCUGAAGGCCACCCUGCUGCACCUGGCCAGUGGCUUCUACCGCCCCUUCUACAAUGGCUUCUACUACAACCACAUCAUGAAUGACAAUGGUGAUGAGCAGGAGAAAGUGGAUUACUUCAGCGGAUCCAAACUAGUGGUGGAAGCCUCCAAAGACCCUGUCUACAGCUACAACGGUGCCAAUGUCACCCUGCCCUGCCACUACCGCUACGAGCCCGACCUGGGACCUAAGCGGAAAAUCCGCAUCAAGUGGUCCAAGCUGCGGGAUGACUACACCAAAGAGCAGGAUGUGAUGGUGGCCAUUGGCAAGACCUACGUGGCCUUUGGGGACUUCAAGGGCCGUGCUCACAUGCGUCAGGCCGGCGAGGCCAGCCGGCACGAGGCCUCGCUGGUCAUCAGCGAUGUGCGCUUGAAGGACGAUGGCAAAUAUCGAUGCGAGGUCAUCGAUGGGCUGGAGGACGAGAGCGACGUUGUGGACCUCCGGCUGCAAGGCAUCGUGUUCCCCUACCAGCCUCCCCGCGGGCAGUACAGGCUCAAUUUCCACGAAGCCGAGCAAGUGUGCCAGGACCAAGGUGCCAUCCUCGCCAACUUUAACCAGCUCUUCCAGGCGUGGAGCGAGGGGCUGGACUGGUGCAACGCGGGCUGGCUGGCCGAUGGCACGGUGCAGUACCCCAUCCGCCUGCCCCGCAAGCCCUGCGGGGGCGUGCACCUCGCCCCGGGCAUCCGCAGCUACGGCCCGCGGCACCGGCACCUCCACCGCUUUGAUGCCUUCUGCUUCUCCUCCGCGCUCAAAGGAGAGGUUUUCUACCUGGACCGCCUGGCUGGGAUGACGCUGGAGGAGGCCAAGCAGAGCUGCCAGGAUGCAGGGGCCGAGAUCGCCCGGGUGGGGCAGCUCUACUCCGCCUGGAAGUUCGUGGGGCUGGACCGCUGCAAUGCCGGCUGGCUGGCAGAUGGCAGUGUCCGCUACCCCAUUGUCACACCCCGGGCCAAUUGUGGCCCCGCGGAGCCUGGUGUCCGCAGCUUCGGCUUCCCCAGCAAGGGCAGGUUUGGAGUCUUCUGCUACAGAGAGAGAUAAGGAGCCAGGAGGGAUCCUUCUUGGAUGAAGGAUGUUUCCAGCCUGCCAGUGCCCAGUGUCGGGCAUUUCCAAGGGCUGUUUUGGGGCUGACUGGGGGGAGGUGGGAUGGGGGGAGGUUUCUUUUUUGUUUUGUUUUGUUUUGUUUCCUUCCUUUAUAUUUUCCACACCUUGCUCAGCAGCUGGCACCUGCAGCUGCUUGGGGUGGCUGCCAGCUCGGCAGUGUGGGACAGUCCCUGUCGUGGGAUGUAUGCAAGGAUGAUCCCCAUGGGGGGAUCUGCUGCUGCCAACCCACAUGGCCGUGCCACCCUAUGGGUGGUGACCCCUUCCUGCGGUGGCAGGUUGUCACUGACACUCACCUGCCCUUCCAGGCUGGUCCUGCCUCCGAGUUCAUGAGGCAAGGCCAUGAGGGAGCGAGGCAAGGCUGGAUUUGGCCAGAGCAGAGAGCAGGUAUCUCCAUUGCAUCCUGGCCCCUCUUCCAGCCCCAUCCAUGUCCUGCUGAAGGAUGCCAUUGUGCCUGUCCCUGCUGGAGCACAAGUGCCUUAUCUCUGUGUGCCCCUUGCCUGAGCUCCAUUUGAACUCUGGUGCCUUCUUCUCUGAGCAUUGGCUAUGAAAAGAUGUGUUUUUCUGAACAUCUUCUAAUAAAAUGGUGGAGAAAGCCCUGGAGUGACAUGGCUGUGUCCCCAUCUCUGUCCCAACACAAGAGAGAGGUCUUCUGUGGAGAAAGGAUUUGGGGAUCCCUGGCUGUCUCAUCCUUGGCUAAGCAUGUCUCAUUAGUGCUGGCUCAGCUCAGCUCCUGCAAGGGCCUUGUGUUCCCUCAUUAGUGAGGGUUAAUUAACCCUCUGGGUGUCAGGACUGAAAGCUGGGAGGUGAAGCAGUUCCUACUGGUCAUGGGUUUUAGGCAUAUGGGUUAAUCCCCUUCCAAACUGGGAGCUGAAC